GUGAGUGAAGGAAGAAAAUCUUGGGACUAGUGAGUGGCUCCUAAGACCCCAAAUCCACUUGGAUCCAGGUUAUCAUUGACAUCAUUGACAUCAGCCAUCGUGGAAUUUGCAGCUCAUCAGAGCUCUGGCACAUUUCCGCGGGUAUCAUCUCAAUCACUUUUACGUGUGUGUACUACAAGCCUACCUCCAGCAGUUACCAGUAGGUCACAUGGAUAGUAGUACUGCUGCUUUACUAGCAGUCCUGUCAACCUGAACGUUCACAAUCUGCCCCUUUGGAUGGCAUCAACUUUGGAGUCCACAAUCCCAACAGACUGAGGCCUCGUAAUGGCCUUCAUGGUUCCCUGGGGACCUCACGAGCAUUCUGUGUGACCACUCCAGCCUUGCCUGUGACUUACUUAAGAGUGGCUCAACAUGGCCAACGACAUGUAUUUCGGGUUUCCGGGCAAAUCCUUGGACAUCGGGCUUCGCCUGCCUUUGUUGUAUCUGAUGGAUCAACUCCUGCUGAAUGACAUGGGUCUGAAGGGAAUGUCCGCCACUUUCACCGAGGAAGAUGAGUUGUUCCUGGAGAGCUUGGGCUACAAUUCCACCUUGAAUGAGACCCUGUCGAAACUGGAUAUGGAUAGCCAGCAGUAUGAGGCUCUGUAUGAAAGGUUGUAUGGCAGUCCCAUGUGGACUGUGUUGCCUCAUUUAGUGGUCUUGACCAUUUGCAUGAACUUGUACCUCUUGGCCGCCUUUUUGAUCACACUCAACACCAAACAUCUGUUAACUGUGUACGCCUACUUCUUGGGCUUGGUUUGCAUUCCCUUGUCUUGUUUGAGCCAUGGCAUCAUGUUGGACGCCUUGAGCACGGCCCAUUUGGCCCAAAGUGUGCCCUCCAAUUCGGAGUGGAUCAUCCACAAGUACCUCUCCAUGUCGAUUCCAUUUAUAGUGGAGUCUUCGAUUGAGAUGAAGGCCAUCAUGGUCAACUAUCUAAUCCAGCCGUUCCUCGGCUUUAUUCUGUCCUCUAUUUUGAGGCUGCACUUUGACAACUACGACCUCCUACUGAAGCUCGUGACAGCCUCGUUUAUGUCGCCCAAUAUCUUUGCCAUCUUGGGAUGUUCCGUGGAUGUGAUCUACUUGACCACGGCUCUGUCCAUUCUUCUUCCGUUGGGUUGUGUCUUGAGAGUGUUUUGGAACAUCUGUGGACAUGUGUGCCGAUUCUUGCUCAGGAUCUAUCAAUCCAAACGACAGUUUGUGCAAAAUUUUGGCCUCAACACAUUCUUGGAGACUGAAUGGACUCGUCUGAGGGUUCCGCUCCUGUUACGCACCUUCUGGAUCACCAGAGUUGCCUUGCUUUUGUUGGGAGAAUUAUUCAAGCUGGCCACAUCCGGAGGCUUGACCUCGCUUAUGGACUCACCCUCUAUUCGGGGAGCCUUGUGGGGACACGCGAGAACUAUCACCAAAGAACUCACUGUUCGUGGUGCAGAGACCUUGAUUGCUGUCCUGGGGAUGACUAGCAUAGUCAGCUCAGUAUGUCAUUAUGUGGGAGCCUUCUUCCACCUACUUCUCAAUGCCGAAGAUGAGGAAGAAAAGUCCGUGGCCUCGGUGUCGGCGGUGCUCUUCUUUGUGUUGGCCCUACAAACGGGUAUCACGAGUUUGGAGCCGGAGAAGAGGUUUUCUCGUUUGUGCAAAAACCUCUAUCUGCUGCUCACAGCGUUGUUCCAUUUCAUUCAUAACAUGGUUAGUCCUGUUCUGAUGAGUCUCAGUGCCAGCCGAGAAUUCCAUAGCAAGAAGCACUUAAGAGCCUUAGGGAUCUGUACCUUCCUGAUCGUGGCCCCUAUUCUACUUUUGACCUAUUUGUGGCAGUUAUUCAUUGUCGGCACUUGGCUUCUGGCCGUGACGGCCUUUUGUAUCGAAGUUAUAGUCAAGGUCACAGUCACCGUAAGCGUCUACCUCCUGUUCAUUUACGACCACUACUUCAAAGAGGGAACGUGGGAACUUCUGGACGACGCUGUCUACUACGUCAAGGCCAUUGGUAACACGGUGGAGUUCUGCUUCGCAGUCUUCCUAUUCUUCAACGGAGGCUGGAUCCUCAUGUUUGAAUCGGGUGGAGCGAUUCGCGCCUUGAUGAUGGUCAUCCAUGCCUAUUGUAACAUCUGGUGCGAGGCCAAAGCCGGAUGGCAAACUUUCAUCAAGCGGCGGACAGCUGUGGCCAAGAUAUACGGUCUGCCUGAUGCCACCAAGGAACAAUUAGAUGAGAACAAUGACGUCUGCUCCAUUUGCUAUCAAGACAUGAUCAGUGCAAAAGUCACUCGGUGUCAACACUUCUUUCACGGGGUGUGUCUCCGUAAGUGGCUCUACGUACAGGAUACGUGUCCACUCUGUCAUAGUGCGUUGUAUGCUCGAACCCCCAGUGAAAUGCGAGAUGAGGAACACCCACUGCCAGGUCAGACUGCGAACGCCCCACCUGCCGAGAAUCGAGCCAAUAAUGGCCCACGUGGACAGUCUCCGGCCAAUGGAGGAGGUGUGGCGAAUGGGACCCAUAAUCCGGAUGAUAUCAUCGAUAACGACGAGGUUGACGAGGAUGGAGACGAUCAUUCCAAUGCUGGCGUGGUGGAUGAAGACCUUUCGGAUGGGGAGAUCAGCUCUGAAGAGGAACGAACUGAUAAUGACCUGAUUUACGAUUCAAUGGAAGAUUUCGGCAAUAGCUCGGGCAACGAAGAGGACCGAGCUUUGAGGACGUGAUGACACAGACUUGAUCCUUUCCAUGCACUCUACCUUGUGAUACUACGCCAUUCUAACUCGUGCGCACUCUUCAAUGUGUCCGUGAAUUAAAAAGAAUUAAAUAAAAUAUUCAUCCUGAAACAAUA